GUACCCAGGGUUACCAAAGGCUGAGGAAGUCCCUGAGGAGACUGAAAACAACAAGAGCUCUCUGUGAGCUGAAGAUCACUAAGAAAGUGUCCUAGAGGUGACUUUGACAGGAGGAGACACAUAAAAGUAAAAAGUUAUGAGUGAUGACUCAGUACCAUCUUUGUUCGAUCAAGGAACAACUAAGAAAUAUCGAAUACCAAUUGGUCAUCUGGAUUACAAAUUCAUUGAAAAAUGCACGGAUGUUAAACACCUGGAAAAAAUCCUCAGCAUAUUAAGGUCUGGUGAGGAGGGAUAUUAUCCUGACCUUACAGUAUUUUGUGAAAAGCGUAUUGAGCAUUUGCACCCAGGGAGCAGAGCUCUCAGAAAAGAUAAGCCUGCAGCCACAGCUUCUGAUUUUACAGCUGAAGAAUGGGAAGCAAUUAAUGGUGAACUAAUGAGCUGGGUGACGGAAAUGAAUGAAGAUGAUGAUAAAUCCCAGUUUCUUGAAACAGAUACACUGCGUGAAAGAGAAGACAACUUGCCUGCUAUUCGUUGUUCUAGCAGCUGUCUUCCUGAUAAUCAGAACAAAAACUUGCAAGACAAAAAAAGAAACAAGAAAAAUAUACCACGGGAUUACAGUGAAUGGGACAAGUUUGAUGUGGAAAAGGAGUGCUCUAAAAUUGAUGACGGCUGUGAAGAGAGUACCUCCAAAGCAAGAUUCUUUACUAGACCAAGUUUACCUGUAAUUGAAAAUAAAAUAGAUACAACAGGCAUGACAAAGAAAGAAAAGAUCUUUAUUGCUACUCGUGAAAAGGAGAAGGGCAAUGAAGCCUUUGCUAUUGGGGAUUAUAUGGAAGCAGUGACAUAUUACUGUCGGAGUAUAUCAGUAUUGCCCACCGUGGCUGCAUAUAACAACAAAGCUCAAGCAGAAAUCAAACUUCAGAACUGGCACAGUGCUUUGCAGGACUGUGAGAAGGUGCUAGAUAUGGAACCUGGCAACAUAAAAGCUCUGAUGCGCCGUGCCACUGUCCACAAUCAUCUGCAGAAUUACCAGACAGCUAUAGAGGAUCUGAGGAAAGUAUUAUAUGUUGAACCAGAAAAUGCCAUGGCUAAGAAAAAUCUGUUAGAGAUUGAACAGAAAUUGGAAGAUUUAAAGCCUGUAUCUGAGACUAAAAGCAAAGGGAAACGAAUACUAAUUCAAGAUAUAGGAGGUUCAGAAGGUGAUGAAGAAAAUGAAGGGAGUACAGAAGAGAAUGAAAGAAGAAGAGGAGAUAAAAAAAUCGGUGUGCCAGUAGUAGCAGCGGCAGCUCCGGAGGAGGCUGAAAUGGGCAACACACAGAAGAAGUUUCCUAGCAAAGGAGGUGGCGUUAAGGCAGAAGACAGAGACACACAGAAGCAGAAGGAAAGCACUGAGAGUGGAGCGAAAAAAGGCACUUCAGCGAAAAAAGCACAAAAACCUUCAGCAGACCAUGAAGGUGAAGUUAAUGGCUAUUUAAAGCCCAGUCCAAAGAGUGAAAGCCCUGAAGGUGAGAAGACCUCCGGAUCCCAUGGAGCAGGGUCGCUGGCUGUUGAUGGACACAGGGCUUUGCUUCCUCCUGCUGCAGCCAAACUAAAAAGCGAAGGGAAUGAAUUGUUUAAGAGUGGACAGUUUGGAGAAGCUGUGCUCAAAUACUCAGCAGCAAUUGACUAUGUCGUGGGUUUAGCAGAACAAAGUCCAGGUGAUAUAAGUAUCUUAUACUCAAACAGAGCAGCGUGUUACCUCAAAGAAGGGAACUGCAGUGACUGUAUUCAGGAUUGUAACAGAGCUCUGGAGCUUCAGCCGUUCUCUCUUAAGCCUCUGCUGCGACGAGCAAUGGCGCUCGAGGCCCUGGAGCGCUACAGGCCGGCCUACGUCGACUACAAGACCGUUCUGCAGAUAGACAGCAGCAUCCAAGCAGCAAAGGAGAGUGUUGAUAGAAUAACAAAAACUUUAAUAGAUCAGGACGGUCCUGGUUGGAGGGAGAAGCUGCCACCAAUUCCAGUUGUUCCAGUUUCUGCUCAGCUGCACAGGUGGGAUGGAGGCAACUUGGCUUCGGAGCCUAAGCUGAGGACCAGCACAGACACCAGGAGAGAAGAACAGUUGCAAAUUAAUGGUGAGAAAGAUGAGGAGAAGUUCAAGACAUUAAAAAAUGAAGGGAAUGAUUUUGUGAAGAAGGGUAAAUACGAAGAAGCUGUGAAUAAAUACAGUGAGUGCCUGAAGUUAAAUCCCAAAGAAUGCACUGUCUACACUAACAGAGCUCUCUGUUACUUGAAACUGUUCAAAUAUGAGGAGGCCAAGCAAGACUGUGAUCAUGUUCUUCAGAUGGAAGAUUCUAAUAUUAAAGCUUUCUACAGAAGAGCCCUGGCACACAAAGGGUUGCAGAAUUACCAGGCCAGUGUUGGUGACCUCAACAAAGUACUGCUAAUAGAUCCAAAUGUUCUUGAAGCGAAAAAGGAGCUGCAGCAGAUAACCCAGCUGCUCAACCUUAAAAGCAGUGCUGGAGCUGGCACUCAGCAAAAGCAAAGGAAGAAAAUAACCAUACAGGAGGUGUCUGAUGCACAGGAGGAACAGGAGGGAGAGUUGGUUACCUCAGAAGAUGCUGGGACUGAUCGUGCAGUUCCUGAAGACCCUGGAACGAGGGCACCRGGGAGGAGCUCUGAAAAACUGUCUAUUUCAGAACCAGCUAAUGCUUAUGACUUUGGUCAGAUCAUAAAUGCCGUGAAUUCCAGUAAGGAUCAGGGUGCCUGUGCAGAUCUCCUAACAAUGAUUGAGCCUGCAAAACUGCCAGUGCUGCUAAGUAACAAACUUGAAGGAGAGAUCUUUUUCAUGUUUAUCCAGGCAUUGAAAUGUUACGUGCUUGGGAAAAAUCCUGAUCUUGUUUAUCAGCACCUUUUCUACCUGAGUAAAGCAGAAAGAUUUAAGUUAGUGCUGGCUCUCCUUAGCAAAAAGGAAAAAGAAGAGGUUCAGCAACUGUUUGACUUGCUUGCAGAAAACCAAAAUCAUCAGUACACUUCAGAAGAUCUGGAGAAGCUUAAAAAAGUUUAUGAACUUUAAGAACAACUUCAAGUUUGUUUAUUGCAUGCAGGCACAGAGUUGAUAAGAUUGAUGAACAGACUUGCUGGGGAUGAAGUGGGACUUUCUGAAU